AAUCAUAUUGUGACUUUAGGAAAAAUAAUAAUAAUUUGCUGCUGGUGUUUUUCAACCAACAACAACAACAUUAUAAAUAUAAGAUCAUCAUCAUCAUCAUUUGUUCAUCAUUUAUUUAAGAAAAAAAAAUAAUAUGGCACAACAACCUGUAUAUCUUAACGUUUAUGAUAUGGCAUCAAUCAAUCAAUAUUCAUCAUCAUUGGGUAUCGGUAUUUAUCAUACCGGUGUUGAAGUUUUUGAUUCAGAAUAUGCAUAUGGUGGACAUCCGUUAGAUUUUUCCGGUAUAUUUGAAAUCGAACCAAAAGAUGUGAUUGCAUUGGGUGAAGAAACAUUUAAAUUCAAGAAAUCAAUAUUGAUUGGCCAUACUGAUUUUCAACGUGAAGAUGUUAGACAAAUUAUUAAAGAAUUUGGUAAAGAAUUUAAAGGAGAUAAAUAUCAUUUAUUACAUAAAAAUUGUAAUCAUUUUUCUGAUUCAUUUUUAAAAUAUCUUUGUGGUAAACCAUUACCACCAUGGAUAAAUCGAUUAGCCUAUCUAUCUACUUGUGUACCAUUUUUGGAACGUUGUAUACCGAAAGAAUUUCUAAUACCUAUUGCAUUGGAAAAUAGUAUGCGUGAUUUAGAUGAUAAAAAUAAUGAUAACGAUAACUAUGGUGAUGAUGAUGAUGAUGUUUGUGGUUAUCGACCUUGCGGCGGUCAAAAUGCUGGUGAUGAUAAUGAUGAUGAUAUUCUAAAACGUAUACUUAAACAAUCAACAUCAUCAACUACAUCAUCAUCUUCUUCAUCUUCAUCAUCAUCAACAUCAACAUCAUCAUCGAAUUGUUUUUUACCAACAUCGGAAAAUCAACAAAAACAAUAA